GCGCCUGGACGUUCGCCAUUUCCGCGCGAGUUUCAGGUGGACAUCGUUUCAGGGAACUCUGACAUUUCGCGCGAAUUCGGUCCCUUCGUGUUUCUUUGCCGCUCUUUUCUCUGCCGAGUUUCCAGCGCACACUGUCUCCCAGACUUUUGGCAGGUGGCUGCUUCCCCAGGUUUUUCACAUUGAGGACUCUCGAGAUUCCGCAGAUUUCUUUUUCCUUUUCGUCUUGUCUCCGCUUCCACCUCCAUUUCUCCUCGCUCCCUUCCGCGGCAGCCGCUGCGUUUCCGCCCUCCUCGCGACUCCACACCGGUCUGCCUCGCGAGUGUCUUGCAGCAGACGGAAAACAGAAGCUUUUUUUUCGGCUGUCACGGAGUCUUCUUCGUCCCGGCGCCGCCGAUCUUGAAGUUGCCGCGGUGCCGCAAACCCCGGAACGGAACUCUUCCUUGCCCAGUCGCGCAGGAACCUUUCCUCGCGGGUCUCUCGUAGCCGGCGCCGAGCGACCGAUCCGCGGCCUCCGCGGGUGUGGGUGUCGACACCCCAGUGACGCCGUUUGACUUCUUUCCCCGGCAUUCCUCAGCGUUUCCACCCGGUCCCGAUGGAUUUCGGCCAUGAUCCCGGUCCGGAGGGCGCGCGCCAGUUCGGCGGAGGCCUGGGAGGAGAUUUUGCCGACCAGGCGCCGUUUGGAGGAGCACCUGGCUUGGAUGCGUUCGGGGGAGGAUUUCCACAAGGCGAUGGCGGCUUCCUCGCCAGUGCAGAUCCGACCGGAGCGAUGUUUGGAGCAGGUGACUUCGAUGGCGGCGGAUUCUUGAUGCAUGCAGGGGCGGGAGCUACGCAGGUUGGUGCGAUGUCCGGCCACCAACAGAAUACAUUCAUGCCCGUCAAAAUCGGCGCGGUGAUGAAUGCGUUCGCAGAGAAGCCAGACGACUCGGCGAUUUCCCUCGCGCCGCCGCCUGCGCCGCCGCUGCACCUGCUGCGGAUCAUCGGCCGAGUCUCGCGGGUGUCUGGACACCUCGCCGACGGUUCCGUCGACUACGCUGCAGGUCGCGCCUGCUUCGAGCUCGAGGACGGCACCGGCGUCGUUGACUGCGAGUGGCUGCUCGGCGACGAUAUUACGCCCUACAAGCAAAAGCGCGUGGAGUCGACCAUCCGCGUGAACAACUACGUUCGGGUGUAUGGACAGAUGUCGACCUUGGGUCAAGCCGUACCGAUGCUGCGAGUGCAUGCAGUGAGGCCAGUCACGUCCGCAGGCGAGCUUCUGUUCCACGAGGCAGACUGUUGCAGCUCCUUCGUCAAAAUCAAAUUUUUCGGUCAGCAACUCCCCGACCCUCUCGAGGCUCCUCCGCCAGGCCUUCGGGGCCCUGCAGCCUCCCACGGCCCUGCGCAAAAACCGUCAUCUUCGCUUUCUCCUUCCCAUGGAUACGGACGAAGAUAGUACAUGUGUCUCUCCCUUCAAAAGUCAAGUGCAUACAUAUAUACAUGCAUUUACAUUUGUUUAUAUACACAUGCGUGUACACGCUUUUAGGUGUGCAUAUCUGUUCAUAUAUAUAUAUAUAUAUAUGGGUGUAGAUGUAUCAUAAGUGGAAUAGGCGCGUGUAUGUAGGCAUCGUUUUGAAGGGCGACUGUGGGAGUUUCGCUAGCGAAAGGCGAAGCUUGAUUUCUUCGAAAAUAAUUCGGUGGAGAGGCGGCAAGAGAUGAGGGAGGGCUAGCCAACGGCAUACCGAACCAGUACAGUACAGCAAUGUGAAAAAGGUGUAAAACGGGAACCUUUCCAGGUGCUUUUUCUGUUGAUUCCGAAUGGAGUGACGCUGUUGCAGAUGAGACGGUGUCGAGCUUUGCCUUUUGAAAGAACCGCGGAUUUUUGAUACCGCUGGGUAACUGCGAAUUUUCGUUUUUUCACUCUUGGUUUGAAUUGUCUCUCCUUUUCCCGCUCUUUCUUUCGCCUUCAUAUACUAUGCGUUUUCCGCUGUCGCGAUCGCUUUCGUCGGAAGCCAACCGACGCCCCAGAUUUGUGAGGCUGUUACACCUUCCCCAGGGGAAGUGACUGCAACAGCUCUUUCGUGUUUCUGCCGUGC